AGGCAGGAUGGCAGCUCUUCAGGAAAAGAAGACCUGUGGCCAGCGGAUGGAGGAGUUUCAGCGCUAUUGCUGGAACCCGGACACCGGGCAGAUGCUGGGCCGGACCCUGUCCCGCUGGGUGUGGAUCAGCCUGUACUACGUGGCCUUCUACGUGGUGAUGACCGGGCUCUUUGCCCUGUGCAUCUUUGUGCUCAUGUCCACCAUCGACCCCUACACACCGGACUACCAAGACCAGCUUAAGUCGCCAGGGGUAACCUUGAGGCCAGAUGUUUAUGGGGAGAAAGGUCUGGAGAUUUCCUACAACGUCUCUGAUAACAGGACAUGGGCAGACCUCACACACACUCUCCACACCUUCCUGGCAGGUUACUCUCCAGCAGCCCAGGAGGACAGUAUCAACUGCACGUUUCAGCACUACUUCUUCCAGGAGGGCUUCGCGGCCCCCAACCACACCAAGUUCUCCUGCAAGUUCACAGCAGACAUGCUGCAGAACUGCUCGGGCCUAGUGGACCCUCACUUCGGCUUUGAAGAAGGAAAGCCGUGCUUUAUUAUUAAAAUGAACAGGAUUGUCAAGUUCCUUCCCAGCAAUGGCUCGGCCCCCAGAGUGGACUGCGCCUUCCUGGACACACACUUGCAGGACGCCCGGCCAUUGCAGGUGGAGUACUUCCCACACAACGGCACCUUCAGCCUGCACUACUUCCCCUACUACGGCAGAAAGGCGCAGCCCCACUACACCAACCCUCUGGUCGCUGUGAAACUUCUCAACAUCCCCCGAAACAAGGAGGUCGCCAUCGUCUGCAAGAUCAUCGCAGAGCAUGUGACCUUCGACAACCCCCAUGAUCCAUAUGAAGGGAAAGUGGAGUUCAAACUGAAGAUUCAGAAGUGA